GGGAGAUCAGGAUACAGAAAGGAUCGCGACGGGAAAAGACAACACCCUAAGGAGUUCUUUCUGAGUGUAGCCCUUACACCAAGACCAAGAUGCGCUUCAUCGUUUUGCUCGCGCGUCGCACUUUGCGCGCAAUGCACUUCAGCUUUUCGGCGUCCGUUCUGCUGGCGUUGGCAAUCUUAUGGUUGUGGGUGAGGCAUAUGAUAAAGAGCUGUAACUUGUAAAUCAGAAGAAAUGUUGUAACUUGCAAAUAUUUUUGCAUCAGAAGAUAGGUGUUCAAUGAAUACGCUCUCGGUCUGUCCGUCCAACAUCUCUAUUACUUUUGCUAAUUGUGUCAGUGUCUCUCGAGAAGGUGAUGAUGGAGUGGUAUUGUGAGGAUGCUGCUGUCAACGCGGACGACGAGAAGGCGACGUCGUUUGUGGAGAUCGACAAGGAGGAAACGAAUCUGAUGCGGACGGAGCUGGAUGCUCAUAGCAUCAAGAAGGCUAUCGAAACAAAGAUAGAAUCGUAUGGCGCCACCUGUUGA